AUGGUGAAGAAUCCAAUUCAUCAUCAAAGAACUAAACAUAUAGCAAUCAAGUAUCACUUCAUUAAAGAAGUAGAAGCAAAUAAGCAAAUUCAGUUGGAGUACUACAUGACUAAAGACCAAGUUGUAGACAUAUUCAUCAAGGCACUACCAAGAAUCAAAUAUCGCGCCACAACGGCGGGCCAAGAUGAUGUUAUGAAAGGUUAUUUUGCGGUUCUUGCAAUCAAGGGUGAGGAAACCAAAAGGUUUAUUAUUGGGUUAGACUACUUGAAUGAUCCUGCAUUCUUGGUACUUCUGAAUGAAGCUCAGGAAGAGUACGGUUUCAGACAGCAAGGAGUUCUUGCACUCUCUUGUCGCCCUCAAGAAUUACAGAAGAUUCUAGAUGCUCCCAAAGCAUAG